ACACCUAUAGACAUUUGAACUUUUUUGGACCUCUGAAGCUGAGAAAACACAAGCAAUACGAUAGAGAAUCAAAUAAGAAAUCUACUCACUUCUGCUGAUCUCUUGGUUUGGAUGAAUCAGGCUUCAGAUUAUCAGUUGUUUUGGGAGAACAGCAAAAAGAUGUCUGACACAUUUGAUGUCCCACGUGUGCGCUCUGACAGUACGUCCACCAUGGCAUCUCAGUCUACUUCAUCACGGAUGAUUCUUCGCGAGCGGCUCGCUCAGUUGCUCGUCUGCUUAGAAGAUCUCAGCUCAGAUGAUGAGGCAAAUGAGGAAGUGUCCCGUACGCUAGACGAAGCCUUUUACCUCUGUGGAAAAUACACCAACAGAGAGUCCUUCAGGCUGCACAUGGUCACAUGGAAUGUUGGCACAGCGGAGCCACCAGCUGAUGUGAGGUCAUUACUGCAGCUUGACUCGCAGCCGGCCACUGACCUCUUUGUGAUUGGUCUACAGGAAGUGAAUGCCACUCCAGUGCGGUAUAUCUCUGAUCUCCUUUCUGAGGACUCAUGGAGUCACCUUCUCAUGGAUACUCUGGCACCAAUGGGAUAUAUCAAGGUGACUUCAGUGAGGAUGCAGGGUUUGCUACUGAUACUGUUUGUAAAGCAGGUCCACUUGCCUUUCAUCAGAGACAUCCAAAGUACAUACACCCGCACAGGCCUGUUUGGAUACUGGGGAAAUAAAGGUGGCGUGUCUGUGCGUUUCUCAUUCUACGGUCACAUGCUGUGUUUUCUGAACUGUCAUCUGGCAGCUCAUAUGAACUACGCCCUGCAACGAAUGGACGAAUUUGAAUAUAUACUUGACAGACAAGACUUCGAUAUGUACAACACACCACAAGUGCUUGACCACAAGGUAGUUUUCUGGUUUGGUGAUCUGAACUUUCGUAUCGCUGACCAUGGGAUGCACUUUCUCCGCUCCUCAAUCAACAAUGGCCGAUUUAACCUGCUGUGGAACAGAGAUCAGUUGACCAUGAUGAAGAAGAAAGAACCUAUUCUGCAGGAAUUUGAAGAGGGACCGUUGUGCUUUAAACCCACGUAUAAGUUUGACCGUUUCUCUGAGACUUACGAUACAAGAGCACCGAGGACAUGGUUUGGCUUUAUUGGUAAAAAGCGGAAGCCUGCCUGGACGGAUCGUAUCUUGUGGAGGAUAAAACCCAAAGCUACAGAGACUGAGGAUGAGAAUAGGUCGACAUCAUCAUCAGCUGACGAUGAUGAGUAUCCUAUUAAGGUGACGCAGGACAUGUACACCUGUGAUGUCUCGUAUGGGGUCAGUGACCACAAACCCGUCAUUGCAACCUUCAAUCUGGAGAUGAGAAAAAAUGUGGAGACUCCUCUAGUCACACUAACAGUGGAGGGACACUGGAGUGCAGAUGAAGAUGCCACAUUCUGGUACACCAUUCUGGAAAACUUUGAGUCCUCAACUUGGGAUUGGAUCGGAUUGUACAAGAUUGGCUUCAAAAGUGCCUCUGAUUACUCCACCUUCGCUUGGGUCAAAGAUGAUGAAGUGGCUGCCAACAGCGAAGUCGUGACGGUCCAGAUGAGUAAAAAUGAGCUCCCGCCGCUGGCAGGGGAUUAUGUUCUUGGCUAUUACAGCACCAACAUGCAAACCCUCGUUGCCUUUAGUCCGACUUUCCAGAUUCUCGAGUCUCGACAAGCUGUAAUGGAGGGUCUGCUUCCUGAGAACAUCAACGGAUAUGAGAAGUAACUGGAUAUCUUCUAACCUCAUAUGUUCACAUAUGUAAAAAUUACAACAGGAUCUGAUUUGAGAUUUGCCUGUGUAAACAGACCUUGCUCAGUUUGAUAUGAGUGUGAUUUAAAAUCGAAGGCUUUAAAAUUUCCCAAACACUCAGUCUAUUCACUGAACACACUGCAUUACUCUUUUUCAUUCUCUCUUUAUCUGUGGUUUUUGUUUUUUAAUCAAAUUUUAUAUUAUAAGACUGUAAAACUAACAAGAGUGUAGAACUCUCAGAAUUUUAAAAUAGGCCUGUAUUUCAUGCCAAAAUCAACACAUAAAUUGUGAAAAAGUACUCACUCAAAAAGCACUUUUACGUUAAGUUCUACAAAACACAAUUAUACAUUUUUAUUUUUAUAUAUUAAAUAAAUGAAGUUGCAUUUAUUUUGCCUAUUUGAAAGUGAUUACAGUAUCUUACAGUUUUAAUGUACAUGGGUGCUGUGCUUUAUACAGUAUUUCACUGUAUGUUUUAUGUCAGUGUCUGUUUCUAUAUAAUAGUGUGUGGCUUUUCAGUAUCUAUAACAACGGUUCACCAUCUGAUUGUUAAAAUGCCAUUUUGUUUACACUCUGUCACUCUUGUUAGUGCUAAAUUUGUCUUUUAUAUGAGUGAGAGGCAGUUUAACUUGUUAUUGUCUGCAUUUGUCCAUUGUGACAUGCCAAGUCAAGUCAAGUCACCUUUAUUUAUAUAGCACUUUUAACCAUACAGAUUGUGUCAA